CUUUGCUUCUUACACUAGUAACAGAUUGUCGUCUAAAUUUCAAUCUUUUUUUUUUCGUAGAAUGGCACAAAGAGGAAGAGAUGUGACUAGCUCUGCGUCGAAAAUUACAGAAAAAAACCCUGGAGGUUCGUCUGUGACGACUGGAAGUGCGUGGAUUGUGAGUGGCCUUAUUCCAAUUAACGCCGGCAUCGAUCAUUGCCAAACUUCCAAAGGGAUGCAGAAUAACCAAAGUUUCUUGGUUACCACCAGCCAAGCGAUGAGACUAAGAGAGGCCGACCUGAUAUGGCUAGCUGAAUUCGCACCACGAGAAUGGUUAGGCACGUUCAAAACCCAAGGGUGUUACUGUCUAGGGAAUAACGCAAUACAUGAAGUCUCAGUUUGUGAUAACAACACCAGGCUAAUCCUGAUACCAACAGAACAUUUGCACCAGCAGAAAUAUUUCUCUGGGUGGCGAGAAAAUGAGUUUCAGUCCAAACGUUCACUACCCUGUUGUCAGAAGGAGAACGAGUCGCAGGGUAGAGCAGCUAAUGCACGACAAAGUGAGCUCUACUGUAACGUGCUAACAAACCAAUACUCCGAGAAACGUUACCUCCUUUGCGUAGAUGAUCAUGAAUCUUAUUUCUUGAAGUCCCAUGGAAACGGAGUUGAACUUAGAAAGUUGGAACAUUUUCAGCAGAAUGAAAUUCCAAAGGGUGCAAUCAUCCUCGACAAAAAAGGGAACGGUGUGGGAUUGUUGGCCUUCGACGACAACGGAGAGGUCCGUCCGUUAUUUUUCCCCAAAAACUUGUUUGGUUCCGAUGAGCAAGGUCUUGCCAGAGGUUUACCUAUAAACUCGUUCCUAAAAGAAAAUAAUCUUGAAGGUUCAGGUAAAUUUAGUAAAGCAGAAGAUCAGCUGAAUAUACAAACACCCAAAACAUCAGAACACCAAGAACAUGAAAGCAACAAGAGCAAUGCUGGAAACAGCCGAGGACAACAAAGAAGUUGUGGUGAUGGUGAAGAGGAAAAACCUCAGUCCCACAAAGGCCAACAUCAGGUUGAAGAAACUUAUGCCGUGCAAGAGAGUGAACUUGCUGGUGAGAAACAGCAAAGCAUUAAGAACAAACCUUUGAUCAAGAGAUCAUGCAGUGAACAACAAGCCACCAAAGAGAAACCAAGGCCUGACAGGUUGCUCAGUGAGAGGAAUCACAUACCUCUGAGAGAAGAGGAACUGGUUUCAGAUGCUGUUUUGAGUGAUAUCUAUGUGAUGGAUCAUCUUAAAAACCUUCUAGACAGGUCUGUCACAGGCAUAAAAAACUGGAGAUACCUAGCAGAUCUUAAUGGUGUCCCUAUAGAGAAGCAACUCAAAUGGCAAUUAGGUGAACAUCAUUCUAGAUCUGAAAAGAUGUUUGAAGCACUCACUUGUACAAAUCCUGAACUUUCCAUGAGAAGUCUAGUAAAACAUCUAAGUGACCUUGGCAUCAACAAUGUGGCAAAUUUUAUGACUGAUCUCAAACUUGAAGAGAACAUGACGGCUGAAGAAUUCUUUGAAUUUCAAAAUCGAAAUGUCAUUGGCAAAGUCCUUAUGAAGCUGGAUUUAAUUGACAAAGACAACUGGUGGAAUCUGGGAAUUAAAAUUGGUAUGAGUGCCAAAAGUCUUAAGCAGAUCAAGAUCGAUUGUGAAAAUCGACAAGAAAAUCCAGGAAGUCAUGUGAUAAACAUCAUUGCCACAUCAGAACCCACAAUGACCAUCGGUCAGUUCAAGAAAAAGUUGGCGAACCUAGGACGUAAAGAUGUUGCCCGGAAAUUGAACAUGCUAUCAGAGAAGUCAGUGAUCGGCAAGUUGCUCGACAACUUAGACUUGGUUCGGGAAGUGACAAGCUUGCUCAAUAGCCCUGAUUCUCCUGUACUCAAAAACUACAAGGAUCUGGCUGCUGAUUGCGGAAUUUCAAGGGAAAAGUAUGAAAGUCUGCAGCCGCCAUGUGCCGAUAGCCCAACACAGAAAACGAUUGAGGAAAUCGUCCAGCGUAAUCCAAAGUUUUCUGUGGAAGAGCUUUUCAAGAAUUUGAGUGACAUGGAACGUUUGGACGUCAUAGAGGCCAUUAGCCCCUAUUACGAGGAGGAAGACGUGUUGGCCUUGAAAAGAAAGUUAAGGAUUACAGACGAGUGAGCACUCUCGUUAGAUAAGGUUCCAGCUACCAUUAUGCAUAUGCUAACUGAGGUCCUAACCUCGUUAAUGAACUAUCAGCAGACAUGAAGUGAUUGUUUCAAGUAAACAAAAACUGAAGAGGUAGUUAGAAAAGCUAAGUUCUCCUUCAUUCUUUAUGUUUUUCAAUGAGAUUGUGCAGAGAGUCUUACGAUAGGCGAUACACGUAGCAUGAAAAUUCUCGGGAGUGUUAUUUUGAGGAAUUUGGGACUUUUUUUAAGUGUUUUACAGCUACAAACUCCAGUUUUGGUGUUCGAGCCUUGAUGAUUACCGUCUAAACAGCUUCAAACGUUGACAAGGAAGCAAACAUAAUAUUUACUUCAAAAAGUAACUCUCGACCUUUAUUUCAGCGUAUUAUUACACGACUCGGGCAGUCAGAGGGCCAAUAACUAAAAUCAACCAAUCAAAAUGCUCUAUUGCUGGUCAAU